AUGACUUCUGCUGUCUGCUCGCCAGCCGCCGACAGUGCAUUCGGGCCUGCGGUCGAGGGUUGUCGACAAGGCUUCGACUUUACUUUCGCUUUCGAGUCCUACUUUUUCUCCAUCGUGCCUUCCGUGUUGUUGCUUUGUUUUGCCCCACUGAGGUUCAAGACUCUUAGUCGUGUUCGUCCCAAGAUCAAGGGUAAUGCAUUCAAAUAUGUCAAGUUGGCCGUCAUCACAGUACUCGCUGUCUUCCAAUUGGCAUUGAUCGGACUUGUCGCCAACAACACACAAGUGCAAGCAUGGAAACCAGCAAUGGCAGCUUCCGUGUUAUCCUUCGGUUCGAGUAUCGCUCUUCUCACCCUAUCCUACAUGGAGCAUUCCAGAUCCCUACGUCCCUCCAUGUUGCUCAGUGCAUAUCUCUUCGCCACCGUUGUCCUCGAUGCUGCUACCCUACGCACCCUCUGGUUGUUACCGCAUUUUCCCUCCCGCGUCCGUGCCAUCUCUACCGUGGCUUUUGCUGUCAAGGCUGUGAUUCUGGUGCUGGAGGGUUGGGGUAAGAGAGCUUUCUAUAAUGCUGAGAAGGACAUGAGUCCGGAAGACUUCAGCGGCAUCUUCAGUCAGGCAUUUUUGUCGUGGUUGAACCGCUUGGUUUGGAACGGUGCGAGGCAUCUCUUGAAGCCUGACGACCUAUAUCCUGUCAGUGAUGAUGUUUCGUCAGAAUACCUCAGUGCUCGAUUCUCACAGGAAUGGGAAGAGCAAUCAAAGGACGGAUUAGCGGACUUGAAGAGAGUCAUCUUCUCUCUGCUCAAGUGGCCAAUCUUGGUGCCGAUCAUUCCUCGGGUGGCACUCCUGGCACUUACUUUCUGCCAGCCCCUGCUCUUGAGAAGACUCCUAGAAUAUCUCAACAACUCCGGUGUGGAGGACAAUAACAUCGGCUAUGGUCUCAUUGGUGCAUACUUUGUCGUCUAUGUCGGCCUUGCAACCACCUCAGCUAUCUACUGGCACAGACAUUAUCGAUUUCUGAGCAUGCUUCGUGGUACCUUGAUUACAGCAGUCUACGGCAAAGCCACCAAUAUCGCGGCUAUCACCAAGGAGAACAAAGCGCCUAUCACUUUGAUGAGCACAGAUGUUGAGCAAACCAUCCGUGGCUUGAUUGAUCUACACGAGAUGUGGGCAAACGUCGUUCAGGUCGCUAUCGCUACUUGGCUGCUGGAGAUCGAGCUGGGUGCUGCAUGUGUAGGCCCUGUCAUCAUUGCUUUGGCUGCAACAGGAACCACAAUAUGGUUCUCGAACUAUACCGCAUCGUUCCAGCUUCGAUGGAUUGAAAAGGUUCAAGCCAGAAUUGGUAUUACUACUUCCAUACUUGGCUCCAUGAAAGCUAUCAAGCUCUCUGGUUUGUCCUCGCGGGUAUCGAGUCUCUUACGUCGGUCUCGUGUCAACGAACUUGAUGCCGCCACACGCUUCCGUACUCUGUCCUCGAUCUCGGUCGCUAUAGGAAAUGUUCCGCAGCUCAUAGCUCCAGUUCUGACAUUUGCCAUUUACAUUGGCGUCUCUUCAAAGACACACUCUGCACUUGAUACGACCAAGCUGUUCACAUCUCUGGCUCUUAUUCUUCUCGCGUCCGAACCACUGUUUAUGUUGAUCAGUGGUCUCAUCGAACUACGCUCAGCCAUCGGCUGCUUCACACGGCUGCAAAAGUUCUUGCAGACUCCAGCACGUCGUGAUACCAGGACUAUCGUAUCUGCUCAACCGAGCCAGGGCCACUCAAUCACUAGUAUUCCUGCAGUUACAAUGCACAACGCUUCGUUUGGCUGGAAAGAAGAAGAUCCGCUAACCAUGCAAAAUGUCAAUCUUCGUGUGCCUGCAUCGAGUGUGGUCAUGAUAACUGGGCCUGUUGCCUGUGGUAAGAGCACGCUGCUGAAGGGUUUACUAGGUGAGACACCUGUAUCAGGAGGACGAGUUGAAGUUUCAAGUUCUGAUAUCGCAUGGUGCGAACAAUCUCCUUGGCUCAUGAAUGCAUCUAUCCAAACCAACAUCACCAGCUUCUCUGAAUUCGAUCCUGAACUUUACGCAUCAGUCAUUUACGCUUGUGAUCUCGACAGCGACCUGGAAGUAUUACCCCAAGGUGAUGCAACAUUAGUCGGGAGCAAAGGCUUCAGUCUGUCUGGCGGUCAGAAGCAACGCAUUGCUUUGGCACGUGCUGUCUACUCGAGAACUCCCAUCAUCAUUCUUGAUGAUGUCUUUAGCCAAUUGGAUCUCAGUACGCAGGCUAUCAUUUUCGAACGUCUCUUGAGUCAGCGAGGUCUCUUGCGCAGAUGGAAGACGACCGUCAUCAUGGCUACUGGGUCAGCCAAGUUUCUCUCCCGAGCCGACCUCGUGGUUGUCCUUUCUUCGAACGGUACGGUCGAGGGCCAGGGUAGUUACCAAGAGUUGCGUGCUGCUGAGAACAAGGCGACAAAAAUCAUCACCUCGAUUGACACCCGUCCUGAGGAUGAGACUGAAUCAAUUUUAGAGACUGAAAAAUACUCUAAGAACGCGGUAAAGACACAUACCGCGGAAAGAAAGAGCAACUCGGACGAAAAGAAGCUGGACAACAGUCGCCAGAAUGGUGAUUUCGGCAUCUACAAGUACUACUUUGCAUGUAUUAGCUGGACUGUGACAGCGAUGUUCCUCCUGUUACAAUUCGCUUAUGCAUUCCUAUGUACUUUCCCUACGAUCUGGCUCAAAUGGUGGGCAGAUGCUGAUAUGCAUGAACAUCACUCACCGUAUGGCUACUAUGUUGGGAUCUACACAGCACUUCAACUCGGAGCAUUGAUACUUUCUGCUGCAGUGACAUGGUGGUCGUUCAACGUGCUGGCUGUCAAGACAGGUAUACAGCUUCAUAACACUCUAGCUAAGACUGUCAUGUCGGCGCCGCUCUCAUUCUUCAGCAAGGUCGACAGUGGAAGUAUCUUGACGAGAUUCAGCCAAGAUAUACAGCUGCUCGAUAUAUCGCUGCCGCUGGCUCUCAUGGUGGUUACCACCAAUACUCUCAUCUGCAUUGCUCAAGUAGGACUCAUCGCCUCAGCUUCUGCCUGGAUCGCCCUCAGCUUCCCAGCACUGUUCUUCGUCUUCUACGUCGUUCAAAGGUUUUACCUGAGAACUUCGAGACAGAUGAGACUUCUCGAUCUCGAGCAGAAGGCUCCUGUAUACACACAAUUCAUGGAAACCCUCGACGGUUUAGUGACCAUUCGCGCAUUCAAUUGGAGUCGUUCAUCCAUCAAACACAACUUCGAGAUCGUAGAUCGCUCCCAGAAACCAAACUACCUCAUGUGGGCUAUCAAGAGAUGGCUGGCAUUAGUACUCGAUCUAGUCAUUACUGGAAUCGCAGUCUUGACUGUUGGUAUUGUUGUCGGUCUACGGGAUUCCUCUUCGCCGGGAUUCACGGGUGUUUCGCUCACCCAGAUCAUCUCGUUUACGUCGAACAUUAAACUAUUGAUCAUGUUCUGGACACAGCUUGAGAGUUCCUUGGGUGCAGUGGCGAGGAUUAGACAAUUCGAGAAGGAAGUUGUGGCUGAAGAUCAAGAGAUUGAGACUCAUGAUCCUCCUUUCGAUUGGCCAGGUCGAGGAGCCAUUGAGAUCAGCGGUCUAUCAGCAAAGUACAAAGAUGAUGCCGAGCAGAUGACCCUCGAUAACAUAUCCAUCUCCGUCCCUGCCGGCUCAAAGAUUGGUCUCUGCGGCCGAACAGGCAGCGGGAAGAGCUCUCUGCUUCUCACUCUUUUCAACUUGCUCACUCCCAUCUCCGGCAGCAUCACCAUUGAUGGCCUCGAUCUCUCAACUAUUCGUCGCGAGACCCUACGAUCCCGACUCAUCUGUAUUGCUGAAGAACCGUUCCUCUACCCGAGCAACGUUCGCGACAAUCUCGCUCUGGAUAGCAACACUAUCAGUGAUGGCGAGAUGGUGACAGUAUUGGAGCAAACAGGGCUUUGGGAGACCAUUACCGCAAAAGGAGGCUUAGAUGCCACUAUGGAGGAUGUUCAUCUCAGUCAAGGGUCCAAACAACUUUUCAACAUCGCCAGGGCUUUAUUGAAGAAGAAUGAAGGCAAAGUGUUGGUUAUGGAUGAAGCUACAAGCAGCAUCGAUGCGGAAACAGACAUCAAGAUCCAAUCCCUCAUCAAAACUGCAUUCAGCAACCACACUAUUAUCUCUGUCGCUCACAAGCUGGAAACUAUAGUCGACUUUGACUUUGUGGGUGUGAUGGAUCAAGGUAAGUUGGUGGAGUUUGAUGAUCCGCAGGUUUUGUUGCAGAAGCAGGGAUCGAGGUUUGGAGUCUUGUGGGCUGAGCGGUAG